AGACUUCGUCUUCUUCGUCUUCAAGAUUUCAAUUCAAUUCUCCAGAGAGCUUAAGCUAGCGGUGGCCAUGGACGUGGUUUCCCUGAGAACGUCGUCGUCGUCUUCCGUUUCGGUGUUGAAUCCUAAUGCUCCGUUGUUUGUUCCGAUGGCGUACAGGACGGUGGAGGAUUUCUCCGACCAGUGGUGGGCGCUGAUCCAGUCGUCUCCCUGGUUUCGCGAGUACUGGCUUCAAGAGCGCUUCCAAGAUCCUCAGAAUGAUCUUUCGUUUUCUGAAAAUGAAGACAUCAUUCUCCCUGAUCUCGAGAGUUUCUUCGAGGACUUCGCUCGUCAAGAGGAAGAGGAAGAAUCUGAGUACUCCAAAGAUCUGGUCCCGAUUGGAGCAUUGAAAUGGCACAAGGCUCGGAAUGCGGUUCCAAGGUUUGCUCAAAAGGCUCCGAAGAUCGUCAACGUGAAAGUGAGUCCAAGGACGAUUCACCAGCCGAGGUAGAUUCGACGAUUUGCCGAGUACGUUUCUUCAACAGAAACUCAGGAUUCAGGAACCAGUUUAAGUUGCUUUCGAUCUAGGUUAUCGAUUUCGUUUGUGUACAGAGGCUAGAACUUUGAUAUCGGUUAAACAUUAACUCUGAUGGUCUGUCUUCAGUUAUUGUAAAUGUGUACUAUGUUCUCACUUUCGAUUAUGAUAUAAUAAAAGACAUCCAAAAUUUUCAAAAAA